UUUUGGCACACCAUUCUGCCGUGGAUGAGCGAUGAGACAGUGUGCGUUGUUCGCCCAGUGGGAGAGACCGUGCGUGAACUGAGUGAUAUCUCCGUCAAGAUGUCUAGGCAGAGCGAUCGACAGAACUAUUCGCAAACCUACAAAUUGGUUGUGGUUGGCGGAGGCGGCGUGGGAAAAUCUGCCAUCACAAUCCAGUUCAUUCAAAGCUACUUCGUAACCGACUACGACCCCACCAUAGAGGACUCGUACACCAAGCAGUGCGUCAUAGACGACAUUCCUGCCAAGCUCGACAUCCUGGACACGGCCGGGCAGGAAGAGUUCAGCGCCAUGCGCGAGCAGUACAUGCGGUCCGGCGAGGGCUUCCUGCUCGUGUUCUCCGUGACGGACCGCGCCAGCUUCGACGAGGUGUACAAGUUCCACCGCCAGAUCCUGCGCGUCAAGGACCGCGACGAGUUCCCCAUGCUGAUGGUGGGGAACAAGGCCGACCUGGACCACCAGCGGCUGAUAUCGACGACGGAGGCGCAGAACCUCUCGCGCCAGCUGAAGAUCCCGUAUGUGGAGUGCAGCGCGAAGCUGCGCAUGAACGUGGACCAGGCGUUCCACGAGCUGGUCAGGAUAGUGCGCAAGUUCCAGCUGUCGGAGCGGCCGCCGCUCAAGCCCAACCACAAGGACGGCAAGAAGAAGUGUGCCAUCAUAUAACGCUGCCAGUUCUCGCCCCACCCCCUUUCAUUGCCAUCUCGGAGCGAUCAGACUCGCCUCUCUUUGGACUGGUCACGUGGCUGAUGCGACCCGUACAGCACGUUAUGUUUCAGAUAUUUUUCAGAAGGGUUAACAUUAACUUACUGAAACAUUGUAACAUUGCAGGUGUGUAUCUGAAACUCUAGUGCUGUACAGGCAGAGAUCCAACUAUUUCACUGUAUAUUUUACCACCAAAUGUUUCUAAGUUGUGUGUGAGUAGACCAUCAUUAAUCUGACACACUCUUGCUGGGCCUCAAGCCUGUGGUAAUCAUUCAGCCAUCCCGGCCAUGUACAUUCUACAUGGUCAAGCUGGUGCCUGACACAAGUCGCAGCCAAUGAACAGUUUACCAUGCCUCUUGUAGGCAGGCUAGCCUGGUGGUCAAGUAUACCACAAAGUAGUAGGGUCUAUAGUGUUGGGGCACAUGGGUUUACCCAGUUAAUUUGAAACAUCACUCGAAGGGACUAGAAAGCAUAGUCCAUGUACAUCUCAAUGUUUUUAAUAGUGGAUAUGGUGUACUUGCUGCAUGGUUUGGCUUAAAUCAAUAUCAGCAUGUCUGGACAGUUUAAAAUUUUAAGGGAGGAAGCUUAGAAGUUAUGAUGACAUCUCAGAUUAAACUAUUUUUUAGGCCAUAACAAUUUUGUUUUGUUUAUUAUUACAAAUUCCUCUUUGAAAGCCACAGACCACCAUUUAAUUGACUUCUUGACAUUGACAAUUGGUCAUAACAAAUGUUUUUUCCCCUGUAAAAUCAUUGUGUCAAUAUUAAACUAAGCAUUGUCAAUGACUAUCAAUAACAUUGUUAUGGCUAUUUUUAUAGUUUAUUAAAGUCUCUAAUAACAGUUGGCACAUUGUAAUUCAGAAUUUUUAGUUUUGCCACAAUUUAUAAAUCCAGCACCGAUCGAGUCGCUGACAUACUUUUUUUUCCAGGUGGAUUUGGGUAUUGAUAAAGUACAUUAAUGCUCUGAGUUUUUUUCCCCCAUAAAACAGCUUAUUAAAACAUUUUCUAAAUAUCAUUGUACUGGGUAUUAAUUUUUAUUUUAUAUACCCAUUAUAACUACAUAUGUUGAAUUUCGAUAAUCUGUCUCAAGAAGCUGCUAUAGUCUCAAAUAAGCCAUAUUAAACAGCUUUUACUGUAAUGUGUGCUCCAUGCUAUACUAAAGACAGAUUUGCUAAAAAAACAAUUUUUUUGUGACAAAAAAAUUUGGAAUAAUCCUAAUGGAUCAUGUGCUAGCUAAAGUGUGGUCAACAAACCGGACGCAUUGUCAAGCAAUGACGGGAUGAUUUGUCUUCCCAACAUAGUGGUCAUAAUACCCACGUGAUGCUUUUUAAUGUACAAAAUCAAGAAAACUAGUGUUUUCAAUAAGGCAUAGUCAGACGUGUCCUCUUCCCUUAUUGGCUUUACUUUCCUACAGUCCAGCUUUAUAUGCUCCUUGGUUCUGACCAAAACAUGGUUGAAUCCCAGAUGAUGUCUUUCUUUUUAACACCAACUGAGUAGUGUCACAGAAACAGGAAAUAUGUAUAUUCAACUAGGCAGACAAGUACACCAUGCUCUACUGGUUUUUACAACUUAUAAGCUUCCAAUGUGGAGCAUUUAUUGAAAAUCUGGGGCAUAGGCAGAUCAUUUUUUUUAAAGUUUAUUCAUGGUACAAAACAAUAGCACUUUAUAGAUCUGUCUCACUUAAGUACGUGUGUACAUUUUUUUUUCUGGAAAGACAUAGGCUAAUACAUAUACUGUUUCCAAAUAUCUCUUUUAAGGACAAAAAUAAGUCUGAAGGAUACUUGAAAAGUGCAUCUUAAAGGCUGUCAGCCAUUUUUGUCAUCCUCCUGAAUAGUUUCAAGAAUCUUUACAGAAUCACGAAUGCAGCCUUUCCUGUAAGGAUGAGUUGCUUGCAUCCUUCCUUGCAUUCUUAUGGCCUUUCUCUAGCUUCUUUCCAUUAUAGAAGUCAGUAGUGAGUAGUUAAACCAGCCAGCUGCUGUUGACUUCUGUUCUGUUCAUUUAUUAUUGUGAAUACAUCAAAUAGGCUUAAGUACAAAUUUAAAAAUGCUUUGAAAUAGGUAAUGUCAAGGAAUCUUUAAACACAAAUAUGUAAUCACCAGAAAUGUAUAUCUUGUGUGAUACACAAGAUUGGGUAAAAGUCAACUUAUUUUCAUUACUAGGUUCUCAAUAAGUGCAGUCUUUAUAUUAAAGGCUGCAUUGGUGAAGGAUGCAGCCUUAAUAGGGAUGGUUCAAUCAAAUCUGCAUAAUAUCCUUAGUAUUCAAAGAAAUCAAUAUUCAAGAAAAAAAAUUAAAAGUAAUUGAAAUAGUAAAUUAAAAAAAUUCAGCACUGAUAACAUUGAAGUUUACUAAUGCAAUUAUUUUCUUCAUACCUAUGCUGUUACGAUUCUCCAAAAUAUUUUACUUUUGACAUGUAAUUAUAGAAAAAAAUUACAAUAUGUUUUGGUUUUGGAAACUUAAUUUGUAAAGACAACCAUUUAAAGGGUUGAAUGUUUCAACACCAUAGUUAGUAAUUUUAAUUUAUUGUAUAUUAUUUUAUGUUGGACUCUUUGACACCUAGAUUCGGAUUUGAGGGAUUCGAAUUCAAGAUUCGGAUUCAAGGAAAUUGGGACCUGAUCCAUCACUAAUCCUUAAUACUUGGAAACAGCAAUAGUAGAAAUACAAUUGCACAACUGUAUUUGUAAAGGCUGAUUUUAGCUUAAAGUGUGAAUGUGGAGUAUUGGUGACUGGUAAUUGUCCUAAAUGUUGGCUUAAUGGAUCUUGGAAGUUUAUUACAUUUGAGAGUUUAACGAUAUCUGCUAUUUGUCGAGCAUACUUGGAGCAAUCAUUUAAGUUGAAGUAAUCAUACUUUUUCUGCUUGCAGUACACAUUUCACUUAGCCACAAUAAUUGAUUGAUAUCCUUGUCAGCUGUUGUGAUUGCCAUUAGAAUCUUAGCACAUGCUUUAAUGAUGGGAUAGUGUACAGUGUGAAAAAUAGUUCAUGAUAGCUACACAUUAUUAAUAUUAACAUUUGUUGUCUUCAUUAAAAUAAUCAUCAUUAUAUGUGUUACAUUCCAGGUUGAUCUGGCAAUACAACCCAGAAAUAUAACAGGCAUUUUAAAACUUACUGUUGUCGAUACUCAAAGAUUGUUUUUGAGUUACUUGGUAAAGCUUUUAUUUAAAAGAAAUGUUUUCAAACAAGUCUCUGGAUUAAGUUCACUUAACCAGUACGUCCUCCCGCGGAAAAUUUUCCCGGUGGGUGACAACGGUCACCCUGGGCUGAUGCUGACACCUGUAGUCAAAUUUCCAGUUAAAAAGUCCAAACAAUAUAUAAAAAAAAGGUUUACUCUUCGGCCUAGCCCCGACAAGCAGGCGUGAAGUGAUCUAUUCUGAGAUUUAUUUCAUUUUUUCUAGAUAGCUGCCGAUGACACGACCGUACAUAGUGACGAUCGAGCAACAACUAACUUUGCACCACGCAGUUACCUUACUUUCACAAAGCUAGAAACAAAGGGAGGCAACCCUGUGGGCCAACUGACCAAUCACAACACAGAAUCCAGUACCCAUCAUAUAGGGAAAAUGUUUUUCUCUAAAUGUCUGGGAAGACAGAUCACACCACCUCAAGGCUCGCUCUGAUUGGCUGGCGAGGCAGCGCCCAGCGAAUGUUCCAGUCUAUUGCUGCACAGUUAUGCGUCCACGUGCUAGGGUUUUCCAACACACUACCUUGAGGUGUGAAAAAUAACUUACUGCCGACAGUAUGUCACAUCUGUCUUACUUUCUUUUGAAACCUUUUAGAAUAUUACAGUCUACUACCCAGAAUAUGCUUUAAAAUUUGACAAAAUGUAAUUAAUACACAUAUUAAUUUUAAGUGAUUAGUAAAUUACAAUGAAAAAAAUAAUAAUAAAACACACUACAUUCAGUUUUACAUAAAACCUAAGCCAAAUUAAUAAUAAUCACUAUUAAAGCACAAAAAAAGUACUUUAAAUGAAACAUGAGUCCAAAAUAAUUAUGAAACAUCCAAAAAAACAACAAAACAUUUUUAGUCAAAGUGUUAAUGGUAGUAGAGGGCAGGAAUUCUGCAAUGUUACACAUUCAAGUCUUUAAAUCAACUUUGUACUACUUCAUAUGAUCUUGUGAAACAAUUCACAAUCAAUUAUUAGUGUUUUGAGAUGACAUCAUUUUAGGCAAGAUAUUGUGUUAAACAAGAUAUAAAAACUAAAUAAUUCUAAACCGAAAUGCAACAAAAUUCACCUGAUUAACCUAAUUUUGUUUCUUAAAAUGUUGAAUUCAAUUUAUUAAUUCUUAGUUAGGGUUUUAUUUCGAAAAAAUUAAUCAAUUAUGUUCUAUGUAUAAAAAUUAAUGUAGUCUCUAGCACAGUGAUUUUUCUAAAUAUUCUGGAAAAAUAAAGGAGUUAAAAAAAAUUUAGUUAAAAACAUAAAGCAUAUUUUUCUAAACAUACUGGAAAAAUAAAGAAGUUAAAAAAAAUUACUUAAAAGCUUAAAAACAGAAAAUAUUAUGUAUGAAACAAUUUGAUACUUUUAUACAUAUAUGCACAAUAAUUGUGAAAUGUGUGCAGCAUUAAUAACACUAAUCAAUUAACAGCACAGUAUUAAACUUUUUACAUCAAAAUUGGUAAAAAUUACAUUCAUAAAAAUCAUGACUAGAUAGCUAUCACUCCAACAUUCAAGUGUUAGACCAUCGUGCUUUUAAAAGUGUCAUUAUGAUUAGACAAUUUUUUGAUUGAUUUUUUGAAGUUUAUAUCAUUCCUCUGUUCGUACUUAUAUUGUGUUCAUGACUGUUAGGAAGUGUAGUUUUAACACAUCACUGCCACAUAAAAUAAAAGAUAAUGUAAAUAAUUUUUUAGUGCAAAUUAUGCUGCCUAUGCCCUUGAAAAUGUUGCUGUGUUGUGUUACAGCACCCGCUGCAGUUGUGUUCAGAAAUACUUUCCUGAUGUUUGUUGAGACUUGUUAGUUUUACUCGCAGCUUGUAACGAGAGAUGAGUUUAAACAGUAGGAACAUCAAUUGAAAAUAACUCACUGCUUCGACUAAUGGUAAAAUGCAGUUAAGUUAUAUAGCUUUGCUAGCUGGUCGUUUGUGUGCCUCGUUUGUGUGCCUUUUGAAGUCAACAGGACAAAAUCUGUAUUCAGUGUUGUCUAUUGAUGCAUGUUUAGAUAUUUUAGAAUUUUUUCAUAGAAUUAUAUGCCUUUUACUGGUGCCGUUGUUUUUUAAAUGAAGUUCAUUAAAUUUGUACUAAGUUUGUGUGAACAGCUGGAAGUGUAUUGGUGUUGUUAAAGCUAAGCACAAAUCUAUUUUAUAUUCAGGUGCAAAGAGUUGAGCUUUGUGUGCUGGGAGAAUAUCUUCAUACAAAACAUUUAGGUAGUUACAGGAAAAGAAUUGUCUUUUCAUAGUAAUAUUUUUAUCACUAUUUAUAAUAUACAAUUUUUGUGAGCUCACAAAGCACAAUUUAGAAUGUGCAGAAGAAAUAAGGAAACCAAAGAAGUUUGAAGUACACUACGGCCAGAUUUAUAAACUAAGCAAGGAAUACAAAAAUGCAAAGACACAACACAUAAUUAAUACAAGAUAAUCAUGGCCGUUAAUAAAUCACGAGUCUCGAGAAGUCACCAACAUUACAACAAGAAUGUGCAAGCCUGUAGAGAAAAAAAUUUCUUCUGUUGGGCUUCUUUUCGUAUGGUUUUUUUUCUAAGAACAUUUCUGACAUUUUUAAUGAUUUUAUUCAAAAGCAUAAAUUUCUUUCAUAGUUUAAUAAAUAAAAUCAUGAGGUGAUAAAAAAUAACAUUGUAGCCUUCUAUACACGUCUGUAUCUUAUACAUUUUUAGGAAUACUUUACUUCAAAUAUGGAAGGGUAAAUCACAAGCCAAAAUGCAAGUAUGUAGUUGAAAGUUGUUAAAAGGCUUAGCAUUUAUUACACUUUUGCAUUCCUUGCAUAGUUUACAAACCUAGCCCAAGUGUGUGUGUUGAAGAGUACAAUUUUUAACUACUAUGUUUAUCUUCUGAAAUUGUUUUUGAUUUUGAAAGAAAUAGUUGACAAGUAACUAAAUGCAUUUACCUACCUAGCAGUCACAAUAACACCACAUGCACAUUAAAUUUAUUUACCUGAGUUUUUAGCACUUACUAUGAUAUGAGUGUAAUUUAUCACACAAAUACAGAUGCCAUACAUACAAAGUCCACCCCCCUCCUUUUCCAUCCCCAGUCCUCCUAUGAUUAGUUAUAUACUUACUUUAAAAUUUCUUGCCCCUAUUUAAAACAUGUUUUCAGGAUGAAAGUUUGCAUGCUGCCACUUUUAAUUCCUAUUUUUAUUUAAAUUAUUGUACUUAAAUUUUUUAUGUUUGACUGUAUGUCUGGUCAGCAGGGAGGUACAUAGCAAAUGACAACACUAAUAAGGGAUAUUAGAGAAGGAAUCAGCCAUGGUCUAUGUAAAGAAAAGUCCAGAAUUUAAAUGUUGGUGUUUGGUAAACUGAGGAAAACAGAGAUCAGGAUAGUUAUCUCACCAAAAAAUGCCAUGUAGAAGAUAAUCUGAAUCUUAGAAACAGACACUAAUGUUUAAGUUGAAUGAUGAAUCAAUAUUAUUUCAACAAACAUGCAAGCCAAUUUAUUAAAAUUGGUAAUUGCAUAAAGUUUUAUAGUUGUGAAAUCUAAUUAGUAUUUCAACUUUAAUCAGAAUAUAUUGGCUGUUGCAUUUAUUUUAAUUUUAUCAAAGGAAAAAGGUUUAAUUCAGUAUUUCCCUUAAGUUUUUUUUUAUGUCAAAAUUUUUGUAUACAUUACAAAAUUUGUGGUGCAAACUACCCAGACACACACGGUGCGCACAGCUUCAGGAAAAAUGUGAUUUCAAAACUUCUCAAGAUAUCGUUUAUGAAAAGCAUUUAAGAAUUCACUGAGAGCCAAAAAGUACUUUUGAUUUUGGAUUAAGUUUUAAACUGUGUUUUUAGAAGAAUGAGAAUGGCUGAAACGCAUGUUUUCGUAGUAAUUUUUAGGCGUUAAACAACUGGUACAGAUUCUUGAAAGCACACUUUUAUCUUAAUUUGUCUGACAUAUAAUGUUAUGGUCACCACUCAAAUUUCAAAGUUAUCCUGUGAUGACAAGAAGAUUGCGCGUCAGUUCAGAGCCUUGCGCUUAGAGGCGAUACCGUGCUAGAAACACCAGCGAGCGUCGCACUGAUCAUUCCGCCUCACUAACACACAUACACUCCUGAGUCGGGCCCCUUGACCAGUUAAGCGCUAGAGGGUGGUACGCGCUGUGUUAUUUAAUGAUGAGAAACAAGACCAAGAGAAGAAAUUAUUACACUCUUUGCACUCUUGGCAUAACACCUGCAAUUCGCACAUGAGCCCCUUUUGCAGAUAUGUUGGUGUGAUCGCUGGAAGGUUCUUGCAUCUGGCACGCCUCUUGUUAAAAAAUGUUCUCGGGACAAUCUUUGUGCUUCCAAAGCGUUGUCUUCUGUAAUCCCGUACGUGUGAUGUACGUAUAUCAACCUUCUCUUGAUUCAUGUAUACAUUCUUCUUGGAGAUUAACAGAACAAACGACGACGAUUGCUGUGAACUGCGCAUUUGUUCUAGCCCUUCACCAGUUUAGCUCCAAGCAUGCUGUCUAGUUGCAUUCUAUCACCCCUACCACAAAUUUUGAAACACCUUUGUACAUACAAUGCUAUCACACUACCAUUUAAUUAUCAUUUGUUGCUUACAGUAAACAUAGCAGCAACUUAAUGCUUCUAGAAGCCAUAAUAAACUAAAUGCACAGGUAUGUAUCACUUGAAAGCAGAGCUUAAUUAUUUAAAAUUUCUUUUUGAACAAAAAAAGUAGGUUUAUUGCAUUUAAACAUUUAAAGUAUAAUAAAUAUGUAUAAUUAAAGUGGUUUAAAACACAUUUAGCAAUUUAAAUGUAAAUGUAAGUGCUUUUUUUUUUUUAUUAAAUGCCACCUUGAGUUUUCCUAUGAAUGAAUGUUAUGAUCAUAAAAAAAAUAAAACUUUGAUAAGCCCUACUGCUGCAGAGUUUCACAGGUGUUAGACCGUAAGAUGUAUUUUUUUUUAUGUAUAAUUUUAGAUAGUACUUGAAAUUUGGCUUCAUUAAAACUGAAAUAAAUGUAGUGCUUGAAGUUAAGUGACCUGGCUGCUACAAGUGCUUUCUUCUAUUAAGUCAUUGGAGUUAAGUGUUAAUUCAUUGUUGAGGAUGAAAAUUGCAAUAAUACAUAAAUAUUGUCAAUAGACACUAUAUAAUCUCAGUAAAUAUGUUUGUGUGUGCUCAAUGCCCUGAUGAAGACCCAGUACCGCCAUUAAACAACGGGAACAAUUGCGGCUUAAAAACUGUUAAAACUCAUUUGGCAUUUUUGUAUUCCUAACUCCCCCCCAAACUUAAUUAGGUUGUGAAUUUUCUAUAUAACUUUCCUGAAAAGCAAUUUUAUUUCUUUUCAUUUUUAAGGUUUGCAGCAUAGCAGUGUAGUUAGAUCAACAGGAUGAGUCAGAAUUCAACACACACUUUGCCUGCAAGUCCAUUAUUAUAAAAUAAAAUUAAAACAUAAAUACCACUUUAAGUUUAAAGUGCUUCCAAGAUUGGUAUAUUAUAUUUCUUAAGCUGGAGCUGUACAACAUUUUUAUUGCAAAUAAUAAAGUAUGAGGCAUGUUUUUUUAAAGUAAGUACUGUUUUGAAAUUAGGCCACUGCACACUUCUGUUGUCAUUCCGCGCAUGCAGGUUGUAUCUACAUCUGUUGGCAAGCCACAGAUGCCAUUACGGAAACAUUCCACCGUGUUUACGUUUGUUUGCGAGUACGUAUUUUAAAUGCCUCCGUUGAUUGAGAAUCUCUUUGACUGUGAAAUAAGCGCUGUGAUUCGUUUUCUUAGUGCUAAAGACGUGACUGUAGCUUAAAUCCAUCAUCAGCUCAGUGAAGUGUCGGGAGAAAACAUUUAGAUAAUGACGAAAUUGUAAAAAAUUUGUUCUCUUUCACUUUUCGUCAACUUCCUGCACCAUAUCUCCAGAAAUGACAGAAGUUUGCCUACUAUGUUCCUCAUUAUGAAUAUUCAUGUGGCCAUCUUAAACAGCUCUAACCCAUUUCCAUACCAUUCCAUUGGUCAUAAUUUUUCUUCAUACACUUCACUGAUCUGACAACAAAUUUCAGUCACUGUCACUUUAGCACUAAGAAAACGGAUUACAGUGAGUAUUUCACAGUCGGUUGGAUUCUCAAUCAGCGUAGGUAUUUUAAAUACUCACAAACAAAAGUAAAAGUAAACACGACUGAAUGUUUCCAUAAUGGCGUCUGUGGCUGCAGCGGCCGAAUAUCAAAACGGUACUUACUUAAAAAACAUGCCUCGUACUAUAAAUGGAACACAGAAUGUUUUAAUAAUGUUCAGUUGAUAAAAUUUAUACAACCACAUCAAAACUUGCAGUGGUAGUAUAAUGAUUUUCUUUAAAUAACUGGAGGUUAACAAGUCAGAAAAAUUUAUAAAAAGUAAAGAUGAUAUCCUUAUUAGUUCAAUAAAACCACUUUACAACAGCAAAAAGUUUUUCUUUAGUUUUAUGACUUUAUUCAAUUAAACAUUAUCCAGACGGUUAGUUCCAUUUUAAAUUAUAUUAUUUGAAAUACACUACUAGUUGUUAGCUUUAACUUGAAUUCACAUAUCAGCCUUAGGCAGCACUUUAGAUCAUGUCAUAAUCUAAUAAAUUUAUUAUUUCGUGUUGAACCUGCAACAGAUGUUUGUGUGUUGCAUUCUGACUCGCUCUAUAUAGUCCCUGUCCCUGUUUCUUUGUCCUACUUUGCACAUCAUAUUGCGUACCUAAACAUGAAACCUACAGUUAUUUCUACUACUUAAAUGUGCCUUACACAACUUUGCUUAUCUGGUAAGUGUUAUUAGAAUAGCUGAGGCAAUGGGCAUAGAUCCUGAAGGGGGGGGGGGGUGAGAUGGGCAUGGGCGGCCUGAAAUCAAAAAGCCCUUCUCUGCUUACACUUACAAAAUCGUAACUGUGAAACAGGAUUGAUAAACUUGAAACUUGAUCCUACGGGCUCCCCUGGAAUCCUAUAGAUUUUCACCCCUAGCUAAGGCUACAUCAUUUAUAGCUUAACAGUGACAAGACAGUGAGGCAGUGUUCUAGAUUGGUAGAUUGGUUCAACACUUAUAAUUUGCAUUUUGCAUCUUGUAAGCUUCCAUGUCUGAAAUGUUUCAGUAUAAAUGUGAAAUUUCACAUAACUAUAAAAUAAACACAUACUUAUUACAUAAUUAGUUUUUCUUGUCAAUGUAUUGUACUAACUCAGCCUAAACGAUAAAAAUACAUAUGUACUACCAUUGUAAAAUAAAAAAGAGCAUGUGUAACUCAGUACAUGUGAUAGAAGUGAAACUUCUUUGGCAAUUCAAACAUCGGCUCGUAAGUAUAUCUAAGGAGUAAAACAGCAGCAAGAGAAAAAGAGAAAGACCAUUUUUAUAAAUAAAUAAUUAUUACUCAUUUCAAAAUAAUUGCUCAUGAUAUUAAUAAUUAUUGAUUAAUUAACAAUAAAUAUUACUCUCUGUUGAAAUACUCAAACCAUAAAGUAAUUUUUUUUAGUAAAUAUCAAACCUAAGAUUGAUUAUAAUAUGUUUUUUAAAUUAAUUUUAUAUUAUGUAUAGAUAGAUGUGAUCAAGCAUUUUUCUAGACUGAUUUUGUAGUUCUGCAAAUAUCACCUUAUCGAGUUACAGUGAAACAGAUUUUGCCAAUAGGCUUCAUAGACAUACUGCAAUGUAUUCAUAGGCAUUGAUAAUGUUCUGCCAUCAAAUGAGUAACAUGUCCGCCACUCCGCGAUGCGAAAACUUAAUGGCAUCGACCUUCUUCAGUAAUUCUUUACAUAAUAACUGUAUUGCCACAAAGUGAAAUUAAAAUCAAUUAAUAUUCUACGCACUGGAUUUGUUUAAAUGUUUUUUUUAAAUUAACUUAUUCUUAGUUGGACUCAACAUAUUUAAACACUCAUGGGCUCAUAAUUAUAAUACAGUGUGUGAUAUAGUUAAUGAAAUAAUAAUAUGUGACAAAUAAUUACCCUGUCAAACUAAAGCGUGAAAAGCAUUAUACCAGCAAAAAAUAUUUAGCUACGCAGCUAAAACAAUACUAAACUACACAAAUAAUUAAAAUAAUACGUGCUUAAAAGAACACAAUUUUCUUGCGAAGAUGACCGGUGGAGCGGUGCACAAUAACCUCAAACCCCGUUGUGUUGCCCUCGGCCCAAGUCGGGUGGAGUCAGGCGCAGGUGGGUUCCAACUGGCGUGACCUGCCUAUCUCUGCAGCAUGGCAGGGAUAAACCUGAGUCCGCAGCCUUUUAGCGUCAGAAAUCGUUUCACAACAAUGUUUCACGAAAACAUUGCAUUAAAAUUGAACCUUGAAAUUUUACUCUCAUUGUGCUCAAAGAAGUUUCACUUCGAAACAACAAGAGUAUAACCACAUUACAUGCUUUUAUUUUUAUGCAUUCAGCUCGUGUAUAAGGUUAAACUUAUGUGGUAAUUAUUUGGCAAUUUGUAUGCUUUGUAGUUGACAAAAUGACACCAAUAUACAUUAAUGCUUUUGUCAACUAUUUUGUAUGUGUAAAUUGCAAAUGGAAUACGUUUUCAUUCUUGCCACGCUAAGUUCCUAUUGAACAUGACAUUGAAAUGUUUUUUUUAAGUUCAAGUUUUGUUCAUGUAUCCAAAAUGGAGAGAAUAUAGUUGUGACUUUCAAAUUCCGAUGAAUCAAUUAAAGUAGAACUAUGUUCGUAAUUUCUGGUUGAAGAUGCUCAUUUAUGCAUACCUUGAUACGACCGAAGUGUAGAACUUUGGUUACCAAACAUGGUUUUGAUUGUGGCUAAAUACAAAAUUAUUCAUUAGCUCAAUAGUUUAAAACAGCAAUACUAUACGGUUCAAAUAAAUUUAAAAAAAAUUGCAGUGUAGCAAAAGAUGUAUCUUGUUCUCACAUGUUCUUCAAAUGAUUCUUGCAAUGGGCAAGAUAUGCACAUACCAGCAUGGCGUAUGCCUGUAACAAUGUUUUAAAUUGUAUUCUCAUAUCAUUGCUGGGUGGAUGUCUUCUGGACUGUGCUAUGAACAAUUUCUUCCAGCCCUACAAUAUUUUCUUCACAGUGGAAUCAACACACUUUGAUAUGUCACCCUCCUUCAGAGUUAUUUUUCAUAAAUUAGUUUAUGCCAAAAUUUUUAUAAUCCAAUUAUAAAUAUGUAUCUUGCUGGCCUGUCAUCCAUGGGUUUGGGUGCCACUGCUUUAUGGUGUCGAGUAUCAUGUAAUUUUGUACCCAAUUACUAAAUUGUUAUUAUUCAAAUAAAAACUAAGUACAUAAUGAUUAUUUGUCUUGUCUUCACAUAUUUUUUUUAUUUUAUAUAAUACAGUAUCAAGACUAAUUCACUACUAUAUUGCACAACACCCAGUCUGAGAGUAAAAAAUUUCAGUUUUGUUGGAGAUGGCAUAGCAAUGUCUAAACGGCUUGUUUCCCCUCUCUCUCUGCCCACACACCAACGUGUGGGCAUGAAUUCCACAGCAGCAUGUCCCUUCAUGUGGUGCACCGUAUAAUGAAACAUGUGUACUAAGACUAACUAACUCCAUAUUAACACAAUCUAAAAUCAAAUAAAACAUGUAUUUUGCAUUAAGAAUUGUUUUCUCUGCCAACCCAUUUUCAUCUCAUAUUAAGUACAAUCCGCAGCAAGAGUACUUGGUGGUGCAGAGAAUUGAGGAAAUGUGCAGUCAACUCAGAGCUGCAGGGUGAUUACAAACACACAUUCUGCAUUAUAACACACAUUAAACAACAGAGGUUGUGGAGAUUAGCACAGAAAGAAUCUAUGUGAGUAUGAACACUCAAUUUUUUUUAGUUAAACUCACACUAUUGAUGAUUUUGUGACAGUAUGUACAUUAAACUUCAAGUGUAAACACACGUUUUGGUUGUUAUUUAUUGCACCGUCAUGUUAUAUUACAUGUGUGUAUCAGUAGUAUAAAGCGAAUAAAAAUUAGUGAUGUAAUCCAACAACAAUUACUGUGAAAUUUUAAUGGCACUAUUUUCUUUUAACAUACAUAGUUGAGUGUGUUGGAGUGUGUUCAUGAUCAGCCUGCUGGUAAAGAGCUUAGUAUUUCAAGGCCACAGGAAUAUGAAUGAAAAGUAUUUAGGCUUGGUGGUUUGCAAAAAAAAAAGUCAAUGAAAAUUGUUAGAUCAUAUACCUCUGAAUACACACAGCUUGUUUAAAAUGUGUACUUAGAAGAGAAUUUUCAGAAAGAAGUAUCUACAUACAGCUUGGUAGCGUACAUGAUCAGUGUCACGUUUUUCAAGUAUGUCUUCUUUUUUUCAUAACAAAUAAAAAAAUCAGACGAGUGGUAUGUGCAUUCGUUGUAAGAACUGUAAGCCUGUGCAAUGAGACAUGCAAACGCCUCGUCAUGUUGUAAAUGUUUGUGUGUCAGAUAAUUAUUACGAAUUUUAAAAUGCCCAAUGUUGGUUCCUGCCAAAUAAACUAUUGUCAAUCAAAUUAUGAGAAAACUGGCUGUGCUUUUCCAGCCAUAUCGAGGAACUCACAAUGAUGGUUUGAACUGUUAGAUUUACUUUGCGCCUGUUUGCAUUCUUCAUUGCUGAAAUCUUGCCUUGAAGGCAUUCGUCAAAGUCAAGUGUCAAUAGUUUAUUUAGAUUUGUUCAAAAAUAGCCAACAUUAUCAUAUUAAUUUUUUUUAAAUGUCUAUGUAUUCAGUGUUAAAAAAAUAAAAAUCUAGGCCAUAGAAAAAGAAUGUCUUGAUAAAAAACUGCUUAAAUAAACAUUUAAGAUUAUGCUGUCAGACUUUGUCAGUGGCUUUAAAUACUAUUGUUGUUAACAUUGUUGAACAGGGAACAUCACGAGAUAUCUUGGCACAAUAUAAUUAAUUGUAACAUAAAAUAGUUGAUCAGCUUUGAAAUGUGCUAUUUUUUAAUAAAUGCUAAUGUUCAGCCAAUGUUAUAGAGAUUUUUAAACAAAGUUAAAAUUUACAACACAAUUAUUUGCAUGUUUUUUUUUUUUUAGCAAGAGAACAUUUACAGAAACAUUCUCUAGUGCAUAUUAUUAAUUAUAUUAACAUUAUUUAUAUGCUUUUAUGUAAAAUAAUUGUCAUUAAAAAAGUCAAAUUCUAUAAA